AUGGAAUGUGAACUGGUGGAACCCGAGUCCUGCGGUGACAGCAUUCUGCUGGUAGACAAGGAUCUGAGCGCAGAGCUACAGUGUGUCAUUUGCCUGGGCAUCGUGGUGGAUGCACGCUCUUGCCCUGACUGCAGCGCGCUCUUCUGUUCUGCAUGCCUUUCGAAGCACGAGAAGCGGAAGAAGGAAGAAGCACAGACCGAAGGCAGCCGGUACGUGAAUAAGUGCAUGGUCUGCAAAAAGGUGUCCUUUCGCUGCGUUGCGAACAAGGUGGUCGACCGGUUGGCGUCGAAAUUGCGAGCAGAGUGCACAGAGACCGGCCCGCCGCUCUGCCUGUCCUCGGAUUCGGCAGACGAAGGCGGCGCCCGCAAACGUGUUCGAUGCGGCUAUUCAGGUGCAUACUCGGACGUCUUGAAUCAUGUGAAGACGGAGUGCCCCUACAUGCGAGUUCGUUGCUUUCGAAAAAAUUGCGCAACGACAUUUCUGCGCUACGAACGCUCCCGACACGAGAGCGUCUGCAAGUAUGCGCCCGCGGCUUUCGCUUCGAGAAUUCAGGACCUCAUGGAAGACCUCUACAAGGGGCGAAAUUAUUCAGAGCUUGUCUAUACGUUUCUCGGGCAGUUUUUGAAUACUGUCCGGCUGGGCUGUUUAAUGUCGCCGCAGUCGGCCUACCAAGCCUGCGCGGAUAUGCGCUUGUUUUUCACUGGGAAGACGGCAAGCGCGGUCCUGGAUGUAAUUGCUCGCGUUUUGCACAGCUUCGUCGUCUUUGGUUCCAGCUCUCAAGCGAAACGUAAAACGCCGCCAUUUCGAAAUAGCGCACACUCAAUGUCAAUGAGCACGUUGCUAGCGCAUGGCAUCUGCGGAGGUGUGUACAAGAAGUUCAAACUCGCGAUAAUGGCAAGAACUAUCGACGAAUGGCACCUAACGAAGGACCGCAAAGCAGACGUUGACCUCAGUGAGAAAACAGUUGCCGUUCCUACAACAUGCACGCUAGUCGAGCAGCACCAGUUUUUUAUACAGAACGAGCAAGAGCUAAAUGCUGUACUGGCUGAAGCUUGGAGGACGCUACGAAAGCGAAAGGAGACAGACCCUCUUCGGGGCCUAUUUCUGCGGGAGGAGCCUCAAGCGAAGAGUGGGGAGGUUGUUGUCAUGACAAAGACGCUGUUCUUCGUGCGUGCCUCCGAAGCGGAGCCUACCAAGGGAAUGUGGUAUUGGCAUAAUGACAGUCGUCUUUCGUACUGCGGAAACGAAGCGCGUUUUUGUAAUGUCAAACGACGUGAGAACGGUGUAGGGCUACUUGAGGAAAUCGAUAGUGGAGUCAUCGGGUUCGCAUACAAUCGUGCAGGAGAUGAUUCGGGGCUGCUGAGAAUCGUCCGAGACAUGUCGCCUGAGUUUGCAGCUCUGAAGAUAGAUGGCAAUUUGACGACAUCGAAGCGAUUUGGAUGAAAGUAUAUGUCAUUGUCAACUACUUGGCAAUUUUCGAUCACUAAGAGGGUGACUAUCGGGAACUUUUAUUCUUGUAUUGUCAACGAGCUACCGCGACAAGACGCAGCAAAAUCAAUUCAGUGAUCAUAGGGUGAUAACAUGCGGGUUCUUUCUUCUUCUGCCAUUCGCGAGUAAGUAGCAACUUUUAGGGAAUACGAAUACAGUUUUUUAAGAGAACGAUAAUGAAAAUCCUCUGUUGUCUGUCUUUCAGCUGUUUUCACCGGCCUGAAGAUAUUCAACUAUUAUCCCCUGUGCUACCUUUGACCUUUUGCAGAUGUGAAAGUGACCAAACAAUGUAGCGCUACCUAGCAGAUCGGUCAUGGCUAGUGAAAUAACUUCAUUGAAGCGUGGGAGCAAUCUAAUGAUCACGAAGACAUUCAAAGAUCAAAUUGCGAGAACAAACUAAGACGUCAUAAAGAAAUUUUUCACUAAAACUUUAUUCUUUUCGUCUGUACCUAGCCGUAUUCCAAACUCUAUUUCGCACCCUAAGACUGCAAAUCUGUGAUGGUAUCUUGCGCAUUGUGUUACAACCACUUCCCUGCAAUUCCUUGAGCACACUUUGAGAGCUGGCAAACACUGUGCGGUAAAUCUUCGGGAUGAAGUGUAGCGCUUUAUACACGCCUCGCCAAGGCAACCGAUCGACAAAAACCCUAACCCUAUACUUCGAAAUGCACCACCAAACACGUCCUUCUUCGCGUGGGAUAGAGGUCUACUAUGUAUUCGGAUCAAAAUGUAGUGAUCGCUUCGCGUCCCUUUUAUGAUUUGCCUGCGUCUAGUUAC